AUGUUUGAAAAUUGUAUAUAAGAAUAUGUUCUUACUCAAUAUACUUUGAAACCAUAAUUGUAUUAAUGGUGUGGUUUUGAAGUCAUGCAUUUCUUUAAUUUUGGUCAAUUCUGUGAUCCAAGAUAUUAAAUGCCAAUCAGUAUAGACAUCUGGAUAUUGCCACCUGCACAAAAAUUAAAAUAAGAAGAUAUUCAUCCAAAAAAUGAUAUUAUUACAUACAUUUUAAAAGGACAAUGUAUAUAAGAUAAGUAUUAUUUCAAAUUAAAUUUUUUAGUUCUAUUUCUUAAAAUCAAUUAUUCAAAGAAGGAGAUGCAAUUUAAUAUAUUUGUGGAAAUGAGAAUUCUUAUAAUAGAAACAACAAUAACUCUGAGAAUGUUUCUGAAAUCUUAUAAAUUUUUAUCUAAAAUAUAGAUGUCUAAAGAGAUACCUGUUAAUAAAUAUACAAAUAAAACUAAAUUAUUAAAAAUGAUAAAUAUUAUGAAAUGUAAAUAUUAUAAGGGGAUUAAUAAAUUGAUAAUACUAAUUUCAAUUUUCUUAUAUUAAUCAAUUUAGAUGAAGUCUUAUUGAAUAUAGAUGAUAAACUGAAUUUAAAAAAAUAUGAAUGCUAAUAUUUCAAUACCUUAACAAAAAUAAAAAUUAAUGGUAAGAAAUAUAUUAUAAUUAAAUUGCUUUGA